GUCAUAGCAUAAAUAACAUUUUUCAAAUGUAUCGUCAAAAUUUAAAAAAAUGAUUAUCAAAAAGCGAAAAAUAUCACAUAAAAUGAAUCAUUUUUUUAUGCAACUAUAAUAUAAGGGCAAUUUGGGGAAAGAAAAUUAUUGCAUUUCCUUCACAAAGUUAGUUAUAUUUCCCGCCAAAAGCAGUUACUUUUUUCUUCUUCACUCAAUCUGUGUCCCACCAUGGAUUUUUCUGUAAUCAAGAUUCUAUUCAUCUUCAUUUUUGCCAUAUACCCACAAGCUAAUUCUCUCAUUUACCCUCAAGAUCUCGUUACCCACAAUUCCAUUUUCGAUUUUUCGUCAUCAUCCCCGUCUUUUACGAGCUCUUCGUCUUCGGUUUUUCGUCCUCCUACAGCUCCUCUUGUUCCAGCAUUGUUCGUUAUUGGUGAUUCGUCAGUUGAUUGUGGGACGAAUAACUUUCUUGGGACUUUUGCUCGUGCUGAUAGGCUUCCUUAUGGUCGUGAUUUUGACACUCAUCAACCUACUGGAAGGUUCUGUAAUGGAAGAAUCCCGGUUGACUAUCUUGCAUUGCGUCUUGGAUUGCCAUUUGUGCCUAGUUAUCUAGGACAGGCUGGUUCAAUUGAAGAAAUGAUUCUUGGUGUCAAUUACGCUUCUGCUGGUGCUGGAAUUAUUUUCUCGAGCGGCUCUGAAUUGGGUCAGCAUAUCUCACUUGCACAGCAGAUAGAGCAGGUCACCGACACUAUUCAAGAGUUUAUAGUGACUAUUGGUGAUGAUGCAACGACUAAUCUGAUUUCUAAUUCUGUGUUCUACAUUUCAAUCGGGAGUAAUGACUACAUUCAUUACUAUCUCCUGAAUGUAUCUAAUGUUCAAUCUGUUUACCUCCCACGUAAAGUAUGA